CGACCUGAUGUCCGCCCUGGCUCGUACCAGACCCAUGUACACACGCCGCCUGCUGCAGCAAUUCAUCCAGGCUAAUGCAUCAUACCUGAUGGAAGACGACAGGCGUUGCUUGCAAGUACUCGUGAAGGACCUGAAGAGGAAGUACAAGCGAUUGUUGCUCUCCCUGGAGAAACAAGAGACCAAGGUCCAGGAGCUGGUGAGCCUCCGCGCGGCAGGCCAAGCAGUGGGCGACUAUCCGAGGCAGUUCGGCGUCGGUGACGUCGUCACGCGCGGCGACGGGCACCUGGCUGUGGUGUACGGCUGUUCACCACACUACGAGGUCUCACAGGACUGGAUGGAGGAGCGUCGCGUCAACUCCAGACUACAGCGUGGAGCCAACCAGCCCUUCUACAGACUACUGCUGGAGGUGGAUCAGUUCGGAUACGUGGCCGAGGAGGAGCUCCAGCUGGCCCCAGAUCCCCAGCCUAUUGAUCACCAAGGAGUGGGUCGCUUCUUCACCCGGUUCGACGGGGAGCGGUACCAGCCGAUCACUCCUCUGGCCAUUCGCUUCCCUGAGCCGCGGCGUGAGCGUGAGGCGAAAACGAGCUUCGUCGAGUCGCCAGAAGAUGACAGCGACAGCGAUUGGGAGCACUUCGAUGCAGAGGUGGAGGAAUGGAGGCCGGUGCCCCCCGCUGUCUGGACGGGUGUCUGGCCAGAGAUCCUCCCCGAGGACUCAGAUGAUGAGGACGCUGAUGGUGGAGCCGUGACUGCUGACGUUGGCCCGGUGAACCACUAAUGGCUGUGUUGGAGCUGUGAAGAAAAGCGCAUCAGCUUAACUGGAUACCUCAUUUUUCUGUAUAUCAUUGAUUGACUGCAUUGCAUAGUAGCUGUGUGUGUACCUGAUGUGUACAGCUGAGCUGAGUGUAUGUAACUGUGUGGCUGCUCUGUACACAUUCAACGAUGUGCCAUUCUCCGUGAUUGGUCGAGCUGUGUGCACUGAAUAACGCUGAUCAGUUCUGGCACUCGGUGGUUGCGGACACACGGUCUUGGCGUUGAUUUUCAGGUGUCUUUUUAUGUGAUAACGUGCUGUGUCACCGGCUGUGCAUGUGAUGCCAACUAUGGAAGUGUUUUACGCUUAACGUGUACAUUUGUGUGCAUAUGAGUCAUAUGCGUGGUGUUGAUUGAUUUUGUUCUUCUCAGGCUAUUUUGUCUGCAAAAGCUGAUCAGUAUUGUGUAGUGUCUUUUGCAUGCGUUUAAAUAUGUCCGAUUGUAUCAAUGGGUCAUGAAGUAUCGUCAUUUACUGAUAUCAGGGAAAUUGCAUUAAUGCUGUGAUAAUCUCAUCAGUCCAUAUGCCACAUAUACCUGCAUGAGGAUUUUCCAGUGUGUACAUUUGUCGAUUGUAGGUAUCACGUGUAGAACCGUUUUACAAAGGAGCAACCGCAGAGUUUUUGUACGUCUAGUAUCAUCAAUGUUUGUGAUAAAAAUGUAUCAACCGGUACAAUAAAUAAUAUAAUAAUUGCA